ACGCGUAGAAAACGUCACUGUUGAAAAACAAAAACAAAUCGCCCUCCUUUGCAGCAUCUGUGUCGUUUUUGUCUCUUGUCCGUUUGUCGCGUUUCCCGCUUUUAAAACCCUCCGCGUCGUCUGGAGUCUACGUGUUCAUGGUUGUGCUGAGGGUCCAGCCGAAGCUGUUGCGUUAGUUUACCGGUAACUUCACGGUAGCAGCCAUGGCUCAGCAGAGAGGAGUCAACAGCCUGCAGUUCAACCAGGACCAGAGCUGUUUCUGCUGUGCUAUGGAGACGGGCGUCAGGAUUUACAACGUGGAGCCCCUGAUGGAGAAAGGCCACCUGGACCACGAGCAGAUUGGCAGCGUGGCCUCGUGCUCCAUGUUACAUCGAUCCAACCUGCUGGCCUUAGUUGGAGGAGGAGUCAACCCCAAAUUCUCAGAAAUAUCUGUGCUGGUCUGGGAUGACGCCCGCGACUCUCGAGAAGCCAAAGACAAGCUGGUUCUGGAGUUCACCUUCACCAAACCGGUUCUAGCUGUCCGCAUGAGGCACGACAAGAUCAUCAUCGUGUUAAAGAACAGGAUCUAUGUGUACAGUUUUCCAGAUAACCCUGUUAAACUUUUUGAGUUUGACACCAGAGAUAACCCCAAAGGUCUGUGUGACCUGUGUCCCAGUCUGGAGAAACAGCUGCUGGUCUUUCCGGGUCACAAAUGCGGCAGCCUGCAGCUGGUUGACUUGUCCAACACCAAGCCCGGGACAUCGUCUGCUCCUUUCACCAUCAACGCCCACCAGAGCGAGAUCGCCUGCGUGGCGCUGAACCAACCUGGCAGCGUGGCAGCGUCCGCCUCUCGCAAAGGGACGCUCAUCCGCCUGUUUGACACCACGACCAGAGACAAGCUGGUGGAGCUGCGUAGAGGAACCGACCCGGCCACGCUCUACUGCAUUAACUUCAGCCACGACUCGUCGUUCCUGUGUGCCUCCAGUGAUAAAGGCACAGUUCACAUCUUUGCACUCAAAGACACCAAACUCAACCGCCGCUCUGCGCUUGCCCGUGUUGGGAAGGUGGGCCCUGUGAUUGGUCAGUACGUGGACAGCCAAUGGUCAUUGGCCAGCUUCACCGUGCCGGCAGAGUGCGCCUGUAUCUGCGCUUUUGGAAAGAACACGUCCAAGAACGUCAACUCUGUCAUCGCCAUAUGUGUGGACGGGACCUUCCAUAAGUACGUGUUCACCCCGGAUGGAAACUGCAACCGGGAAGCCUUCGACGUUUAUCUGGAUAUUUGUGAUGAUGACGACUUCUGAAGGACGGCAAAGACGAGAGGACGAUGACGAGGAGGAAAGGUGAAGAGGACAGCGGCGACGAAUGGAAACGACCCAAGUUAUUGAUUGUUGUUCUGUUGGGGAAAAUGUCCCGGGACGGAGAAUCAGAGACUUUAUGCCGAGGCCGGUUUUUAUAAGUGUGUUUGUAAUCGGUUUUGUCUACAGUACGUAGCCGUGUUAAUAUAAAUAUAAAAACAGUUUUCUAUUAGCCUGUAACUUUGUGUGCAUCGUGAGUCCGAAACAUUAGAAGGAUUUGUUGUGUUCAUGAGGUUACAAGUGUAAGUCAAACUGAAAUUAAAAUUCAUUUUUGAUAAGAAAUCA